CACCGUCAACGGGGCCUGGAUUCUGACCGCAGACAUUUUGGCUAGCAACGGAAUAGUGCACCUGGUGGACAGGUUCCUGAUACCAAUACAGUCCAACAAGACGGUCGCAGAUUACCUGGAGCAUCCGGACAUACAGAGGUUUUCAUUCUAAGCAAUUAGGUUGGCAUCUAUCAUUGACUUGCAACUGAAGUCUGCCACGAACUCUUCAACGAAUCGCUUCACCGUGUUUGCACCAAACGACUCGGAUAUAAUCAUUAUGCCGGACUUUGGCAAGGAUAUUUUGUUUAAUCAUACUGCUUUGCUGAAAUCGGUAUUUUGGGCCCACACGAUCGAGGACGAAACGGUGUACAUACCCAGGAUGGGAACCAUUCCCAACUACUCAGCAAAGGCGGGCAUACUGAAGUUUUACCGCGUUGGAUCCGAUGUGUACGUGUCGAACAAUAAGGUUCGAGCCCGUGUUGUGCAGCCGAACAUCCCGGUACAGAACGGGGUCAUCCACGUUAUCGACGAUCUGCUUUUCUUUGUGUACAGAAACUUGCGGCAAACAAUCGAGCAUCAGCAAAAGAUUAGUUUUAUACAAGGCAAUCUUUACACUCUGGACGCGGAAAUUGUGACCAAACUCACGGAUAAAACACGCAAGAUGACGCUGUUCCUGCCAACAGACGACGCCUUUGCAAAGUAGUUUGCCCCAAAAUAAGCAAUAUU